UGUAAUUAAUGUAUUUCCUGCCAGAGGAGUGACAUACAGGCUAGCUUCUCUGUCCAUGUUAUCCCAGAGAUGUCGGAGUCUCCGGACGCCCGCAGCCUACUCUCUGCAUCCUCCCAGCUCAACCUGAUGGAGGUGGACGCGAUUGACGAUAAAGAGUUUGACAUUCCCCAAGUGGACACACCUCCCACACUGGAGAGCAUCCUCAAUGAGCUGGAGGAUGAGGAGGAACCAUUUGUGCUGGAGGACACCUGCGUGCUAAACACAGACAACAUGGAUGCUCACUCCUGUGACACUUCGUCUCUGGCCAGCUCUGACAGUGGAGACCCAGCACACCUCAAACGAAAGAGGAGGACAGUGGAUCCAAAUGCGACAGUUCAUGGCUCUGUUGUUCGACACAGCCUGCUGAAGGGCAUCUCUGCACAGAUCGUCUCUGCUGCUGACAAAGUGGAUGCUGGACUGCCAACUGCUAUAACAGUGUCGGGUGUGAUUGCUGUAGGAACAUCUCAUGGCCUGGCUCUGGUCUUUG